AUGGCGUCGAAGGCGGCACUGAGGUUGAGGAGGAUGAGGAUGUUGAGGUUUCUGGCAUCAGAGGAGAGAAAGAGGUUGUUGGUGAUUUUAAGCAGGGCAAUGUUGGUGCAGUGCAGUGACCCUGGAAUCUCAGCUGUUCCUAUUAAUGUCCCAGCUGAUACAGUAAAACUGCGUUUAGAGAAGACCUUGAUCUCCAGGGUGCCCCGGGCAGCGUUCUACAACCUGUCAGAGCUGCGUUUUUUGUGGCUGACCUACAACUCCAUCACAUCCAUCCAUCCCAGCAGCUUUGUCAACCUAAAGGCCCUGCGAGAGUUGCGUCUGGAUGGAAACCUCCUGACAUCUUUCCCCUGGGAAGGGCUCAGAGACAUGCCCCGCCUCCAGACUCUGGGUCUCCACAACAACCGUCUGUCCAGUCUUCCUGCUCAUGCUUCUCUCUUUCUUCCCAACAUCACCUACCUCGACCUAUCCAGCAACAGGCUGACUAUAUUACCUGUUGAGCUGCUGGACCUGUGGUUUCCGCUCCCAGGACAGCAGGGAGGACUAGUACAAAGAAGAGUUUUGGGUCUUCAUGACAACCCCUGGUUGUGUGACUGUCAGAUCUCCAUGGUGAUGUCCUUGUCCAUGUCCCUGGGGAGUCCUGUAGUUCUCAUGGACCAGCUCCUGAUAUGCCGCAGGUCUCUGGGCCAGUCAGCGAUGAUGGUGACCCAGGCUGGGAUGUCCCGCUGUAUGAGGCCUUCAGUCCAGCCCGCAGCCACCAGAGUCAUCUCUCCACUGGGCAGCAAUGUAAUCCUCCGUUGUGACGCCACCGGCUACCCAACACCAACCCUGACCUGGAUCAAAACCUCGGCCUACACUGGUAAAUCAACCUUUUAUGUUUUAGUUAUGCAGGAAUCUCCUCGAGUGGGGGUUCGCUGGUCGAUAAUCAGCCUGAACGGGUUAUCGUACAAGGAUGCUGGUGAAUAUCGGUGCCAGGCACGGAACAUGGCCGGAAUAUCUGAAGCCCCAAUUAAACUGAAGGUGGUGGGAGUCACAAGACUGUCCCGUCUUCCAAAAAAGAAGCCCCAGAAGACUCCACCCAAAUCACCAUCAAAAUACAGAAAGCCUAACCAGACUGCAGCUCCUACCAACACCCCCUCAAUGAAGGAGAAUCAGAUACUCCAAAACAUUACACCUUCUAUUAACAAAACCCAGAUGGCUCCUAAUCUUUUGCCCAAAGUGUUCCCCAUAGACAAGUACAUUAAGAGACGCAAAAUUAACUUAACAGAUGCAAAGACAUCUAUCAAGUCUACAUCUGAGCCUCCAGAAAACUCUACAACUGCUCUAUUCUCAGAAACCCUUGUAUGA